CUUUUGGGACCUCUACUGUAGCUCUUGUCUGCACUGAUGUUACUCUGAAUUGGGAAUGGUGUUAUUUUUGAGUUGUCUUGCAGCGUUUUGAUGCUGUUUUUGGAAGAAGUCUGAGAAGAUGAGUUUCCUGGCAAGGUCUGCAAGAAGAGGGAGGGUUCAGCCCCUGGUGUCUGGCCCCUGGAGCAAGCUAAGGAUAGCAGAGGGAAGCAUGGUCAUAGGCAUGGGAUUUCUUAAGACUGAGAAAACACAAAGAAUGAAUGCAGUAGUAAUUUCUCUUUGACUUUUGCUACAUUGCUCCAGGUUUUAAUUCUUUAUGCCUCUAACUUGGAUACUGGCAUUGGGUGAAAAGUCUCUGUACAAUGCUGCGUGAGUGCUAUCAGCAAUCUGCUCACCCCAAACCUUGCAGCCUGCACUAUGUGUGCUCAAUGAACAGAUAAUGUCUUUUCCAUCCAGAGACUCCAGUUACAUUGAGUUUUCACCAGUAGGUGGCAUUCUCUGAGCUGCUUUUUUUUUUCUUCUUUUUAUCUUUUUUUCUUUUUUUAAUAAUAACAAUAAUAAUUAAAGGUGGACAAGGGGAGGGGGGGUGUCAAACUCCCCCUGUACUUGCUGAAGUCUGCAGUAAAGCAAAAUCUCUCUGCUCCUGUUGGGAAGCAACGGUGGUAUUCUCAAACUAAGGGAGAGUGAGGGUCAAAGUCCCUUUAAAAAAAAAAAAGUGAAAUACAGUAUUGUGCAUCUUGAAAUCUGAAACCAAGAAACAGAAGUGCAAGGGAAACAAGGGGGGAAGCCUUGCAAUUCCUGAGGACAACUGUUGCAAGUGAAGUUUUAAGAAGUAAAAUACCUGUCUGUGCAUUUAAAGGGUGUUGAAUGGCUUUCGGGGAGAAGGCUGUGAAAUAAAGGAGAUCAAGGGAAGACUUUUUUUUUUUCUCUCAUCUUCUCUGGAUAUAAUGGCCAUUGCAAAGCAAAGCAUCGCCAGAUUUGGCUUCAAGUGUUUCUUCUUUGCAACUUUUCUGCUGGUGUGUGAUGGACACAGUGGGAAGAGAGAGAACGGGGGUCCUGCCUGCUAUGGAGGGUUUGAUUUGUACUUCAUUCUGGACAAUGAUAUCUGAGGCACUAUGGGGAGAUGGUACUGCAGAAUUAAUUCUGCAGCUGAAAACGUGCAAAAAAUGUCUCCUGCCUGAGGAUCUGCUGCUGCCCAUGCAUCCAUGUCCAAGCAGAUCAGGAAGUGUCCUGCACCACUGGAAUGAAAUAUAUCAUUUUGUGGAACAUUUGGCCCGUAAGUUCAUAAGCCCUCAACUGAGGAUGUCCUUCAUCGUUUUUUCAACCAGAGGAACAAUUCUGAUGAGAUUAACAGAAGACAGGGAACAGAUACGUCAGGGUCUAGAAGAGCUUCAGAAAGUCCUUCCAGGAGGUGACACAUACAUGCAUGAAGGAUUUGAAAGGGCAAGUGAACAGAUUUACUAUGAAAAUGUUCAUGGUUACAGAACUGCAAGUGUCAUCAUUGCACUGACAGAUGGAGAACUCCAUGAAGACCUGUUUUUCUACUCUGAGAGGGAGGCCAAUCGGUCAAGAGAGCUGGGAGCAACAGUAUAUUGUGUUGGUGUGAAAGACUUCAAUGAAACCCAGCUGGCAAGAAUUGCUGACAGUAAAGAUCAUGUCUUUCCUGUGAAUGAUGGUUUUGAAGCCCUGCAGGGAAUUAUUGACUCCAUUUUGAAGAAAUCCUGUAUCGAAAUUCUGGCUGCAGAGCCUUCCAGUAUAUGUGCAGGAGAGUCAUUUCAGGUUGUUGUGAGAGGAAAUGGAUUUCGACAUGCUCGUAAUGUCGACAGAGUACUUUGCAGCUUCAGGAUCAAUGACACAGUCACUCUCAAUGAGAAGCCUUUUGUUGUGGAAGAUACCUAUUUACUCUGCCCAGCACCUGUACUACGAGAAGUUGGCAUGGAGGCAGCUCUUCAAGUUAGUAUGAAUGAUGGUCUAAGCUUCAUCUCCAGCUCUGUCAUCAUCUCCAGCACACAUUGUUCAGAUGGGACCAUCCUGGCUAUAGCUCUGUUGAUUCUCUUCCUGCUGCUGGCACUGGCUCUCCUCUGGUGGUUCUGGCCUCUUUGCUGCACAGUGAUCAUCAAAGAGCCUCCUCCACCUCCUGCAGAAGACAGUGAGGAGGAAGAUGACGAUGGUCUUCCAAAGAAGAAAUGGCCAACAGUGGAUGCUUCUUAUUAUGGCGGUCGAGGAGUUGGCGGCAUCAAGAGAAUGGAGGUGCGCUGGGGAGAAAAGGGCUCCACAGAGGAAGGCGCUAAAUUAGAGAAAGCCAAGAAUGCCAGGGUCAAGAUGCCAGAACAAGAAUAUGAGUUCCCAGAACCCAGGAACCUUGCAAACAACAUGCGCAGACCUUCCUCUCCUCGGAAAUGGUACUCUCCAAUCAAGGGGAAGUUGGAUGCUCUCUGGGUCUUGCUGCGGAAAGGUUACGACCGUGUAUCAGUGAUGCGCCCACAACCAGGAGACAAGGGGCGUUGCAUCAAUUUCACCCGAGUGAAGAAUGCCGACCCUCCCCCCAAAUACCCCCUCAACAACGCCUACCCACUGCCCCCCCCUCCCCCAGCCCCUGUCUACAAUCCUCCACUGCCAGUUCCCAUCUACAACCCACCGCCCCCCAGCUCUCCCACACCCCAUGCCCCCUCCCCAUCCUCCACGCUCCCCCCUCUCCCCCCACUGCCUCAAGUCCCACCACCAAACAGGGCGCCCCCUCCAUCCCGGCCCCCUCCUCGCCCUACAGUCUAGGGGUUCCAUCUCUUCUAGAAGCAUUUGAGGGUUUUUUUUCAGCAGUACUGUAUCAUGUCUGUCUUUGGGGUGGGGGGUGGGGGGACAGAGGAAGCCACACCAGUAUUGGAAUGGGACAGAAUGAAUGACUUCAUCGUCACCUUUCUCCUUUCAUUUUCUGUUGUCUUUAAAACCCCUUGAGCAUCAGUGCCACCAAACUAUUAAAGCAAGAAAAGCCAAGAGACUGCAGGAGUGACUCCAGCUCUGUUUCAGCAACGCUCUCCCCACCGCUUCCCCAUGCCUCAUCACCAGUGAUUCCAGGAUAAAUUGAAAAAAUGAUUGAAGGUUCUCCCCAGGGAAGAGCUGCAAAAGGCUCCUUCUGAAGACAUCUGCACAAAUUAACCAUGUGAGACUCACGGGAUAACAGAAAGCCAGGUUGCAUACCAGCUGCCAGGUGACUAAGGACAACAGUAAGUCAGCAACCACAGAAACCCCAUAAAUGUGGAGAAGAAUUGAUGGUGGGCAGCUGUUCUCGUGGCCUGUGAAUUGGAGAAGGGAAGGUCACCUUUGAGGGUCCAAAAAGAAGGGGUAGGUCUCUGGUGUCUGGUUUGGGGUAUGUUGGGAUGUGGAAGUGCAGGUGAAUGAAAACGAAGUGCCACCAGGCAAAUGGAUCACAUGGAAGAUCAAUCAGCACAAUCAAUAAAUCAAUCACCAGGCUUCAGCCUCCUCCCAUGAGGACAGGAGUGAGACACAGCAUAUUGGUGCUCCCUCUGGGACAGAGGGGCUCACAGCAAUCUGGGGAAGGUCUGGUUGACAGAAGAAUCUUUGCAUUUGGCUUAGACUAAUUACAUCCAUGUAAUUAACACCUCUGCAGUUCAGCACUAUAAUUUAAUUCUGUUUUCCAUUCUUAAAGGAAAGUUCCUUAGUACAAAUAGGUGGCUAGGCGUAUCAAUUUCUCUAAAUCCAGUCUGCUUGGACUCCUUGUUAUUGUCAGUUUGAAAUGGUUACCACUGAUGCAUUCCUGUUUUUUUCUGUAAACUACGUACUUUUGCCCUGAAAAUAUUUCCACAUGGAUUUUUAUUAUUUGUUUUCCCUUCCUGAAUAAGUAGCAGAUGUCUUCCAAACUCAAAGAGCCAGUGUACUUACUCACUCUUGUCAACUCUCAGCAACAUCACUUCUCUAUGCAAUUGUUGACUAUGGCAAAAAUCCCACACCAGAUACAAGAUGGGAAUCAGUCUUCCAAGAAAUGCACUGGAUGCAUUUCUCCAUGCAUUCCUCUUUGUGGGACUACCACUGUAUUCCACACCACAGCAAACUUUCUGAGCACAUGCCUAGUGAUAGCAAUAGGGGAGACUGCUGCACUUCAGUCUGUUUUAUGGUCAGGAUUGGUUCUCAUGAAAGGACUGGAAAUUGCCAAGUCAUAAAGGGUAAAACUCUCUUGUUCUAUGAAUAUCUAAGUGUUCUUAUUUCUUAUGCUCAUAUCAUCUUUUACCAGGUAAAAAAAUGCAUUGCCAAGUGCUUACUUCAGUGCUGUUGGAAAUAAUAAUUCUAGCUUUUCUUGCUAUUUAAAAAAAAAAAAAAAAAAAAAAAAAAAAAAAAAAAAGCUCAAGGAGGAAAAAGUACAAAUGAAAAAGGCUCAGUGGAGACCUGGCUUGGGACCUCUUGGUAAGAACAUCCUGUGAGUGAAGCCUGACCAUGAGACCCAGGGUCAAGCUAAGCCACAUUUGGUCUAUGUGCCACUUUUAGGUGCCAUAAACACAACAGCUACAAUGGAUCUGAAGACUCAUUUGAAGGGUGGCAGUUCACCCCAACACUGUUUUGUCUGCAGGCGGCACAGAGCAGUCCCCAGUUUGGAGCAAAACCCAGUUUUGCCACUCACUAUGUCAAGUUCUAUCAGGCAGAAGGCACGGUUGGUUCAAUGAGAUGACUUUGUCAUGGUCAUGCUGGAGUGGGAAGCCUUUAACAACCCAACACAAAUUGGUUGGAUUCCCUCUGGUGAUGAAUGGGAUUUGGUGAGAUGUUGAAAGAGUACGGUGUAAAACAGGAUCAAUAAAUAUUUCCCUCAACAGAACCUCAGUAUUCCAAAACAGGUUGGAAAAGAGAUUGAUUUUCAGCAUUAAGGCAUUUAGGCUUUUGUGUGUGUGUGUGUGUGUCAAUUAAGCAGUAAACAUAAACCCAUAAACCUAAAGCUACUGCUGGGGAAAAAAAUAAUAGCAGUGUAUGCUCCAUCACUGAAACUCACUUCUUGCAGAUGUAUAUAGGAAUUUUCCUUCUCUGCAAACAGAGGAGAAAAAAAAUCCACAGUAGGAAAGAAGCAAAACGAAGCAUACAUUGGGCUAGAAAAAUAAUCAUUGCAGAAUACCUCCAUGUAUUCAUCCCGUUUAUGAAUAGAAAUAAACUUUUUUUUGUUUUGUUUUGUUGUUGUUGUACAUAUUAUUACUGCAUGCUUACCAUAUGUUAGAUGGAAGCAUUUCCUAUCCUGUGUGGAGGAUAAAAGAACAUUUUUCAAGUUGUAGUAAAUUAUUAUAAAGCCAGUGACAUUUCAUGGCAUGUUAUUGUAUCAAGCUGUGCUUGUUGUGUUUUUUUCUUUGUGGUUGUAUGGCUUUUUUUUUUUUAAUGUACAAAUAUUUCCUGUAGUGACGAGCACCUGCUUUACACAGCACUAAUUGAGGCAUGAGGUUGCUGGGCUGCCCAACCUUCAAUGCAUUGGGAAGAGUUUUGCACAUCCACCAUCAGAACUGAAUUUAAGGUAUUAAGAGGAAAAUUUGGGCCCAAAAUGAAAUGAACUCACAGACAAUUAAUGCUAUGUAAAUUAGGUUGAAUUAGCUGGUGCGCCAUGUGCUGAUAUAUGGCACCCUAUGUAUUCUCUCUGUAUAGAACUUUCCUAGAUACACAUUACACAGGCUAUCAAUCUACACUAGCCAGUUGUUAAGUAAAGGCUCAUUAUAGAUCAAAAGGAGCUGAGUAGCACUACAUCUGCUCCAUGAUUUCAAAGGACUUCAGCAGAUAUUUCUGUUUACUACUUUUACAUGUUCACAUAUAGGGUCGGUCUAAACAGCCAUAAACAGAUGUCUGAUGGCAUUAAUAAAGAAUUUUCUUGGCUCAAAAUAGAUCACUUUGAUUAUCUCUUUGUGUUCAAUUCAAGCACAGCUUUCUAUCAUUGCACCAGAGGACCAAGCAGCUACAUUCAACAAAAACUCGCAUGUUUUAUAAUUGCUAACAUCACACAUUAUUGCUGGCUGCAUUUUGAGGCAUUCACCCAUAUGAGCUUUGGUGGCCACUGGAAUUCUUCCUCUGCUCCUUGGUGCAUGAAAACAUCUUCUGUCACUGUUAAUUUUGCAGAAUGUCUGGCUUUGGAGCUCUCUGUGCGCAGUGACAUUGUCCUAUAUGCGGUGCUGAUGCAGCAAAGGAAAAGAAAUGAGUCUUCUGAUGUGAUGUUGGAUUAUGUUCUUUCACCUCAGCCAGUGCUGUGCAAUGAUGUUUUAUUCCCUCUGUUUGUUGCAUGUGUCAUUUGUUAAAUUCAGUCAUUAUUCUUGCUGAUCUUGAUUAUUAUUAAAGAACUACAUAAAUUUACGCUGGGCUUCA